CCAGCAGAGCUCGGGGCAGCCUGAGCGUCAUUCAGCAGCAGUCAUGGCUUCUUCCAUGAGCGGGAUGUUUCCAGGGCAGCAGCCGCCAGGACCCCAUCCUACGGGAGCUCCGGGUGGCCCUGGUCAACCCGGUCUUCUACCUGCUGCUACUGGGGCUAGGGGUCAGAGCACAACGCUGGUGGAUGAUCUGGAAGCUUCUUUCGAGGCAUGUUUUGCAUCCCUCGUAAGUCAAGACUACGUAAAUGGCACUGAUCAGGAAGAAAUUCGAACAGGUGUAGACCAGUGUAUCCAGAAAUUCCUAGAUGUUGCCAGACAGACUGAGUGCUUCUUUCUUCAGAAGAGAUUACAGUUGUCUGUACAGAAACCAGAGCAAGUUGUAAAAGAGGAUGUGUCCGAGUUAAGAAAUGAGCUCCAGAGAAAAGAGGCCUUGAUUCAGAAACACCUGAGUAAAAUUCGCCAUUGGCAGCAGGUCCUGGAGGACAUUAAUGUACAACACAAGAAGCCCACAGAACUCCCCCAGGGUCCACUGGCAUACCUGGAGCAAGCCUCUGCUAACAUCCCAGCACCCAUGAAGCAGAACUAACGCAGAAACAGCACUUCACAGUGCUAGAGGACAUGUAAAUACUCAGAUGACAUUUUUGUAUCGUUGGAAUAAAGUUCUUUUCAUUCGUUUCUUUA